UAACCAUAACAUGCUAAAAAAAGAAUUAUAUGGCAUUAGUAAUGGUUCCUCAAACCAAUGAUGUUGAAAAUGCAACAAUUAUGAAACUUGAGUCAGCAUAUUCUGAUUUAGAAUCUCUACUUGAAGCAUCAAAAGAAAUGGAACAAAACAUAGAAACAAUGGAAACAAGGUUUGAUCUUUUACAAGGAUCAAUAACAACAUCAUCAAGAAAAAUCAACCCUUUACAAUCCUUAUCCAUGUCAAGAAAAGCACUUGACACAAGAAUCAACAGAGCAAUAUCCCCUGCUCUUGCACUUCUUGAAACAUUCAAACUCACUGAGUCUCUUCAGAACAAUCUCCUUAACCUCUCUUCAAAACUAUCAUUGGAAAAGACUCAUCAAAAGAGGCUACAAAAGCUUCUAGAUUACAUGGAUUGUGUUGAUCAGUUGAAUGAAGCUAUUAAUUCAAUAUGUGAAGUUGUUGAGCCAGUGAUUAUGAGGCUUCAAGAAGUGGUUGAGUUUAUAAGCAGAACAAAAGCAGCUGAUUCAUACAGAACACAAAGGUUAAGAGAAGCACUUAUAACUUUAAAAGCACUUUAUGAAACUGAGGUUGAUGAAAUGAGAUUUGAAGGGUUGUUGGAUCAAGCUUUGCUUCAUAUGCAGGAUGAGUUUGAGGCUCUUUUGCUUAAAUUGAAGCAUAGGAAGUUAGGUGAUAUGUCACAUAUGCAAAAUGUUGGUAAUGAUUCUGAUGAACAUUUCAAUGUUAGCCUUGAAUUGGGAUCUGAGUUGGAAAUUGAAGUGCUCAGAAGAAUUUCAAACACUCUUGCUGCUAAUGACUGCUUAGAUAUAUGCAUUGAUAUCUAUGUUAAGGUAAGAUACAAAAGGGCUGCAAAAGCAUUGAUGAAGUUAAGCCCUGACUACUUAAGAACAUACACACCAGAAGGAAUAGAUGAAAUGGAAUGGGAAAAUUUAGAAACAGCAAUAACCCUUUGGACCCAACACUUUGAAGUUGCAACAAAGAAAGUUCUUUUAUCAGAAAAGAAUCUCAGCGAAAGUGUUCUAGGUGAAAUCAUAGACGGAUUAAUCUAUCCAGAAUGCUUUGUAAAAAUAUCAGACAAGAUCAUGGCUGUGUUUUUUCGAUUCGGAGAAGGAGUAGCUAGAAGCAACAAAGAGCCUCAAAAAUUGUUCAAACUAUUAGACAUGUUUGAAUCAUUGGAGAAACUCAAACCCCAUGUACUUGAAAUCUUUGAAGGUGAAUCAGGAGAGGAUAUAUGCAGGCGGUUUCGCGAGCUCGAGAAGCUUAUCGUUGAUGCAUCGAGUAAAGUUUUUUGGGAAUUUGGGUUGCAAAUAGAAGGAAAUGUUGAUGGUCUUCUUCAACCUUUACAAAAUGGUUCUGUUCCAAAAAUUGUAAGAUAUGCUGUAAACUAUCUUAAGUAUCUUUCAACAGUGAAUUACAGAACAACAAUGGCUAAUGUUCUUAGAACAGAACAAAAAUGGAAAAAUGAGUUUUUGUUAUCAUCAAAACUCGAGACAGACGAAGAUUUAUUGAAGCUUGCCAUUUGUAAUGUAAUGGAGGCUCUUCAAAGAAACAUAGAUUCAAAACGUUUGAGUUGUAAAGACAAGAUUUUGGUGCAUGUGUUCAUGAUGAAUACUUAUUGGUAUAUAUAUAUGAGAACCAAGAACACAGAACUUUGUGAUUUGUUAGGUGAGAAAUAUAUGAAAGAAAAUUACAAGGCAGUGGCAGAAGAAUCAGCUUACUUGUACCAGAAGCAAGCUUGGUUAGUUUUGGUUAAGAUUUUAGAUAUUGAUGAAGAAUUAAUGGAACAAAAACAAGGGAGAGAAAAAAGCAUUGGAAGGCUUGUGAGUGAAAAAAUUGAUACAUUUUUGAAGUGUUUGAGUGAGAUUUGUGAGAGGCAUAGGAGUUUUUAUAGUAUAACUGAUGUUGAUUUGAGGGAACAAAUGAGAGAUGCAACAGUGAAACUUGUAGUGCCAAUUUAUGCAGAGUUUUUGGAGUGUUAUUCAGGAUUGUUGCAGAGGAAAGUGUAUCCUAGUUCUCAAAGAUUGCAAGGUUUGGUUGGGAAGGCUUUUGCUUCUACUAAUGAUUUGAAUUUCAAUGGUGGACGUAAUUCUGGUUCUUUGGAAAGGGAUAUCAAACAAUCUAGAUGAGAUAUUUUGUUCAUAUAAUUGUUGAAAUGGAAUUAUCAUUUUUAUGUUUGUUAAUGUAUGUACUUAAUGCUGUGCUUUCUAUUCAAGUAAAAUGUAACAAAGUUGAUACUAUAAUUGUUAAAAUUUGAAGAUAUAAAAAGAUUUGCAUCAUUUAAUAAGUUUCUA